CUAGAAAUAGUCAGAAUGCUGACUACGCUUGUCCUAAAUCUAAAAAUCAUGGUUAUUAAAACAUUGUGAAAAAAUAAGUUUGCCUAAUACUUUUCCGGUGCACUUCAAAGAAAAUAUGUGCUCUGGAGACCCUGAAGAACCACUGCCCUGCCCUGAAUUACAGCAAUUUGCAGAAUUUAUUGCACAGGUGUGCACCCAUUAACACCAAAAGAAAAAAAGAAUACUAAUGUACACUAAAGAAUGCACUAUCAUCUUCCUUCCUAUUUCGAGCCUGGCUCAGUGUUACUACAUUCUUUUUUCAUUUGUGUAUAGUUAUUAUAGUCACAUAAAUCCACACUGACCUUAGAACAGGUCCCAGCAUUCCUCUCGAGGCAUGAGAACUGCCUGAACAGGUUUCAGGGUUUUGACUGCAACAGAGAAAUUUGUUCACGGUUAGUUAGGGCGGGAACUUAUUUGAGUCUCACUGCUUGAGGAAGCGUAUCUAAAAGCAGCUACUGCAGAAAAGAUGGGGAAAUCCUUCUUGACAUUUCCAUGAGGAAGGCAACAUCGAAACAGGCCCUGGACACCAAAAUUUCCAGCAACUACCUCUUCCUUCAGCAGACAAAUUGGAACAACCAGAGAAGUUUCCUUCUUCCUGGAAGGAAUGGAUGUUUAGAAGAGGCUGAGGAGGACAAAGGAUACGGACCCUCAGGAGCUAGAGAGUCAUCGUGAGCUACGUUGUCGAAGAACCCAGCAAAAAACAGAAACAGCAAACAGGAGGACUCCUGACUGAAAAAGCAACAGACUUUUCCUCAAGAGGGGCAACUCUGAGUAUUAUCAUGUUUGGCUACCCAACAGCAGAGGCAAUGAGCUGGCUCCACAGGGGCUAUGGGAGUUCCCAAGGGACCACAGGGCAACUGAAAAGCCGUCUGGAUGAUCUGAAAAAGCCCUGGAGGGUGGAAAUCACCCCUUCAAUCCUACAGCAUAGCGAGACGGCCAGGCUGGCUGUGGACGCCUUUCUGGAACAGGGAGAAGGUGGCUACCGGCAAGCCAUUACUAAGGAAAAGGAGCUGCCAUUUCUUUCCACGUUAGAUAUGGAUUACAUGAGCCAACAUAGUCAAAGCAUCACGGGGUCUCCGAUUAAAAGACGAGAGGCAGGGCUGACAAGAGAAGACAGUGGUGACGGGGCUUCCCUCCUCUCUGGAGUCACAUCUGGGACAUACUUCCCAUUUAUGUCAGACAUUGAUCCCCCAGAUCUGGAGCUCGGUUGGCCAGAGGUUCCCACAGUCUCAUCAUGUGGCCAAACAGAAGUCACUUUGUAUUUCCAAAGGGACAAGACACACAAUGUAAAGGAAUUACUUCGGUCUCUGAUAGGCAAGGCCAAGACAGUGAUUGCGAUUAUGAUGGAUCUCUUCACAGACAUGGAGAUCCUCAGUGACCUGAUGGAGGCAUCAAGCAGACGGCGUGUUCCGGUUUACCUGAUCCUUGAUGAAAAGAACUUGAGGCACUUUGCAGAAAUGUGCAAUAAAAUGGAUCUUACUAUGGAUGACUUCCCAAAUAUGCGCAUACGCUGUGUGAGUGGAGACACAUACUACAGCAAAGCUGGCAAGAAGCUUACAGGACAAGCACUUGAGAAAUUUGUGUUGAUAGAUGGCGAAGAAGUCCUUGCAGGGACCUACAGUUUUACGUGGCUGUGCAGUCAAGUCCACACUGGCCUGGUGACACACUUCAAAGGAAAAAUUGUUGAGGACUUUGACAGAGAGUUCCGAUGCAUAUAUGCCGAGUCUAGAUCUGUGAACAAACUCAGCAUCCCCAAAGCUGAAAAUUCCACAACCUCUCCCCACAGAUUGUUGCAGAAACUUGAGCCAGUUUCUAAGCGUAUUCAAAUGAAUGAGAGCGAGACCACAAGCCCCUCAACUAGCCUCUCAAAUUCAAGCGUAGUAAGCAUAAGGAGAUCACCAUAUCUAGACCUGACAACUUCUAAUGCACACUGUGAAAUUAAAGAAUGGGCUCCUGGUGAAACAAGAAUGAAUGUUUCAGGCUUCCUGGGACUUAAUGACUUGAAAUACCAGCCCAGGGAGCUGCUGGACUCUAGCUGCAGUGCAUCAGCUAAAUUAAAUGAUGCACCUAAUCUACUAAGACUUAAGACAUCUUUGCUGUCAACAUCUUCACCAAUACUAAGCAACAACACAAGAAAUGGGCACGAUGUGAAGCGUCUGCCUGAGAGUAUAGGAAUGAAAGUCAACAAAAAGUUCCCAUAUACUGUUCAAGCUAUGGAAGAUGUAAACAAAAGACAGAAGGAUGAAAAACCAGCAACUCAUGGCUAUAGCAAACUAGAUCUCAGUAACAAGCCUACUAAAUCAGUACAUUUUGAGCCGAAGACCACGGAUUCUAGUUCCUAUUGCUCCUCUGAUGAUGUGCCGACGAAAAACAGCAGCAAAAUACACAGGGAUGAAAAAAGAAUGACUCUUGGUCACAGUAAAUUGGAUCUCAUUACCAACUAUAACAAGUCAAAACCAAAGCUAGUUCACAGUCGAUUUGAGAUGUAAUUUUGUAUUAUCAUUUUAGCAAAAACAUAUGACCUGAUUCAAAUGGUUAAUUAUAUCUGUAAUAAUACAAAAAUAUGGAAGUCCCAAAUCUCCCAUUCAUAGUUGGGUGUAUCAGACUUAAUUUUAAAAAACAAAAAACCUGAAUAGUCUUAAAAAGGAGUCCAGAAAUAUAAACCCAUAGCUAUGUGACAGCUAUAGGAUGAAUAUCAAUUGUAGGGUGCUAGAAUUACCGUAAUAUAAAGGAUGGCAUAUUCUGAAAGCUGGAAAAAUGGUUAAUCUAGUACUUCUGCACCAUUGCAUAAGUAGUGACUCCUGAAAUAAUGGGUGGGGUUUGACUAAAUCUCUCAUUUGUAGAAGUUAAGAGUAUUGAAUCAUGACUAGGAAGUCUGUUUGGUGAGGUUCAUUGGGGAUCUUGAACCAACUGCUAUCUCUCAGCAAAAUGUAGGCUUGUUGUAAGGGUAAAUGAGGGAGUGGACCUGUAUGUCAUCCCAAGCUCAGUGGAGGAAAACAGGAUAAAUAUGUAAUCAAUCCAUAAAAAGUAACAUGAGGCACACAAACCACCCACUUUAAAAUGCUGGUAGAGAGACUUCAGUGCAGCUUGUUAGUGGAACCAGAAGCACUCUCUAGUCAGAGCUGCAAGAAAUCAUUGCUAUCAAGGGGAAGAGUUCACAGAGGUAAAAGUUGUAAAGAUCAGCAGAAGCCAAAGUAAAAGCUAUGCUCCCACCUACUCCCAGUUGUUACUUGCCCACUUCUCUUUCCUUCUCCCCCAGAAAUGUCAGAGUCAGGGCUGACCCACGCAUGAGGCAAAGUGAGGCAGCUGCCUCAGGCAGCAGGAUCCACAGGGGCAGAAUAUCUGGCCUCCAAUUAAUGCAUUGUCCGCUGCUGCCGCCACAGUAGCAGCAACAGCUACAGUGCACUCUGUGGAGGCCUGGAACUGCCACCUCUGCAGCACCCUCUUGGUGAAUAGAAGGUGCUCCUGGUCUCCUCCCACUCGUUUCCCGAUAUAGGUCUUUAUUCCCCCCUUGUUCCCAAUGUAGAUCUUCACUCAGCCAUUCUUCCAUGGUAGCAAGGAGGCGCCGUUUUGAGGUUUGACUCAAGUGCCAAAAUGUUUUGGACCAGCCCUGCAUAAAGCAUAUUCUAAUGGAGGAAGCAGCAGAUAAUAUGAAAAAUGCUUAGUGGUAGGGGGAUUAGUCAUAUGAAAUUAUGCAAAGCUACUGUAUAAAUCCCAGUGCCUUAUCGGUCAUAGGUUUCGCUACUGUAAAAAUAAAUAAAUAAAUGUGCUCUUGCAGGAAGAAAACACCGAGAAUACAUUGGUUUGCUUUGAUUGUAUCUCUUAAAAAUAGCCUGUGAACCCUGUGAUGAAAGAUAGCAUGGGAAGGGCUAUAAUUAUUGACUCUUUGUGUUUAAUAAACACUUUUGUGUUGCA